UGGUUAAUUUCGUCUGGGGACGUAGCAACUCGAGCCGAAUCCGGCGACGGAUGGAGUCCUGCGAGGAUCUGGAUGCCAUUUACUUCAGAAACUAAUGAUCCAAGGACGAGAGUUACAGUGCCCAGCAUGGGCCGCCGAAAGUUUCCAGUUAGCUUCCGCUUGUUUUGGAAGGAAGGAGAGGGGGAAACCCAUGCGCCGAAAGUUUUCGCCAGCUUCCGCUUCCCUUGACUCAUGUCUUGCUUUUUUUUUUUUUUUUUUUUAUUCUUGCAUCGUCCUUUGCUGUCCCCAUCCGCUACUAGGAAAUAUUCUGAAACGACCGGAGAAGCCGCUUGACUCAUGUCAUGCUCUUUUAUUCUUGCAUCGUUCCCACAUUUCUUUCUUCUACGAAGCUAGGAUGGCCGCCGCUAUACUCCUCCCUCCCCUUGUCCAGGUGGUGCUGGAGAAAUCCGUUUCCGCGAUCCAGCGUGGCUUGGGAAAAAUUUGGGGCGUCGACAAGGAGCUGGCCAGGCUCCAGAGCGCGCUGUCCCUCAUCCAAGCUACGCUCCAGGACGUGGAGGAGAAUCAGGCUACAGACCGGGCGGUCCGGGCGUUGAAUGACUGGAUAGCCAAGCUCAAGGAUGCCGCCUACGACGCCGACAACAUCCUGGAUGAGGUCAACUACGAGGCUCUGCGGCGGGAAGCGGAAGAACAUGGCAGCAAAAUGAUAAAAAAGGUACAGGGCUUCUUUUCCUUCCACAAUUCUCUAAUGUUUCGCUUUAGAAUGGCCCAAAAGAUAGCAGCAAUCGUGGGAAGAAUGGAUGACAUUGCCGCGGAACAAUCCAAGUUCGUAUGGAGAAACGGUCGUGGUGGUGGUGGUGACAUUGUUACUCGGCUUGGAGAAACUGAUAGACUGCAAACCCAUUCCUUUAUCAGCGAGUCAGAAGUCAUUGCAAGGGAAGAAGACAAAAUGAAGAUUGUGGAGCUGCUCAUCAGUCGAAGUGGAAGCCGGAGCGCUACAGUUGUUCCAAUUUUCGGGAUUGGGGGCCUUGGAAAGACGACGCUCGCACAGAUGGUGUAUAACGACGAGAGAGUGGUACAACAUUUCCACAAGCAGAUUUGGGUCUGUGUUUCGGAUGAUUUUGAUGUCCGGAAGAUUGUUAGGGCAAUUAUUGAAUCGGCUACUAACAAAAAAUGCAAGGUUUCAGAUAUGGAUCCGUUGCAGAAGGAGCUUAGAGAAAUCUUGAGAGCAAGAAGAUUCCUUCUGGUGUUAGAUGAUGUAUGGAAUGAGAAUGAAGAGAAAUGGUGUGGGUUGAAAGAUUUGCUAACCGUCGGCGCAGAUGGCAGUUCAGUUAUGGUGACUACCCGCAGUAAGAUAGUUUCAUCAAUUGUGGGUACGGUCGAGGCUUAUCAAUUGGCUCCCUUGUCUGAGCAGGACUGCUGGAUUUUGUUCAAGAAGCGAGCAUUUGAGAGCACAGAAGAACCCCAGAAGUUGGCAACAAUAGGCAAGCAGAUUGUCAAGAAGUGUGGGGGCUUGCCCUUGGCAGCAAAAACACUAGGCAGCUUAAUGCGCCUCAAGAGUGAGGAGUGGGAAUGGAGGUCCGUGAUGCAGAGUGAAAUUUGGGAAUUACGAGAUGAUAGGAUCCUGCCCUCGUUGAAGCUAAGCUAUAAUCACUUGCCUUCCCAUUUGAAACAGUGCUUUUCUUAUUGCGCCAUCUUUCCAAAGGAUUAUGAAAUAGACAAAGAUAUGCUAAUUCAAUUAUGGAUGGCUAAUGGUCUCAUUCCAACCCAAGGAAACAUGGAAUUUGAGGAGAAGGGCCAUGAAAUUUUUACUGAGCUUGCAUGGAGGUGUUUCUUCCAAGAAGUAAAGGAAAUUAAAAGAUGGUAUGAUAGUGAUACAAAAACGACAUGCAAGAUGCAUGACCUCAUGCAUGACCUUGCAUCAUCCAUCAUGGGAAAUGAAUGUCGUAUUUUUGACAAUCCUGAAAGCAUUUCAAAUAGAAAUAGCAAAAUUCGUCAUUUGUCCAUAAAUUAUUUUGCAGACCUAUCAAACAUAGACACCUCAUCCUCUGCUAAGACCUUGCGGACGCUAUUGUUAUUGGGUCAUGGUGCACUUGUCAAUCCUCAUUCCCGGGCCACCUUGUCAAAAAACAUGUAUUUGCGAGUGCUAGACUUGAGUUACACUAGCAUAUCAGAUUGUCAUAUAUCUAUGGAGCGUUUCAAACUAUUACGGUACCUGGAUAUCUCUUUCAGUGAUAUUGAAACCUUACCUGAAAACAUAUGUAGCCUCAUUUGUUUGCAAACUUUGAAGCUCAUCCACUGUGAAGGUCUUCUCCAGCUCCCAAGAGGAAUGAGAAACAUGACCAAUCUAAGGCAUCUGUACCUUGAUGGUUGUUAUAGUUUAAGGUGUAUGCCCAAAGGGAUGGGGCAUUUGAAACAUUUACGGACACUCACAAGGUAUAUACUUGGCAAUGAGUCUGGAAGUGGCGGCAUAGGAGAGCUGAAGAAUUUAAACCUCCAGGGAAUGUUAGAGUUGUGUAACCUUGAGAAUGUAAAUAGUGAAGAAGAUGCUCGCGAUGUCAAUUUAGGUUCCAAACACUAUCUUCGAGUGCUGAAGUUAGACUGGGGGAUGUCAGCUGAUCGACAGGAGGAAGGACAUGUGGAGAAUGUGCUUGAAGCCCUUCAACCUCCUCACAGCUUAAAAAAGUUCACACUGCAGAAUUACAGAGGCGCCCAGUUUCCAGCUUGGUUGAGGCAAGAUCCAAUGCUCCUUAAUAGUCUAGUUGAAAUCAUUAUGACAGGUUGCAACAGAUGUGAGCAUCUUCCACAGCUUGGACAACUUCCUUUCCUGGAAAUUCUAGAGAUAGGAAAUAUGAAUUCCGUGAGGUACAUGGGUGGCACCAGUUUCUAUGGCAGUGCAGGCACAGACCAAAACAGUACACCGUUCCCUUCACUGAGGAAAAUCAGGUUGCAUAAUAUGGAUAAUUUGGAAGAAUGGGAGGGCAUAAGAGGGAGGCCAUCAUUUCCUCAGCUUGCUAGCUUGAAAAUCAGCAGCUGCUCUAGACUAAGGAACAUUCCACUGUUUCCUACAACUCGAAAUCUUGAGAUAGAAUAUUGCUCAGCCCUGCUUCCUGCCGAAGGGUUCUUCGGAUGUAUGAAUACUCUAGAAAGAUUAGAAAUGCGGGAGUGUCAUGAACUGACACUGCUGCUAGAGCAGGAGGAGGUUGACUCCAGGGCAUCCCUUCAAGAAUUGACUAUUAGAGGUUGCCAGAAGCCUAUGUUUUCAUCAUCAUCGCUGGGGCUGUGGAAGAAAAUGAACUCUCUCCAGUCUCUGUCAGUAGAAUGUUGUGAUGGCCUAAAUUUCUUGCCGGUUGAGGUUCUCCAAGGUUUGAGCUCCCUCAAAUGUCUACGAAUUUGUUAUUGUCGCAACCUAAUUGGCUCGUCAUCAUCAGAAUUCGAUGGUGGGUUGCAAUUGCAGCACCUCACUUCCCUUGAAAAGCUUGCCAUUACAGGAUGUGAGCAGUUAGCCAACCUUCCACAGGACUCACUAAAGCACCUCAGCACUUUGAAAGUAAUUGAACUAGGUGGCUUCCAAGAUAUGACAAUAUUACCUGAUUUCCCACAAUCGCUUCUGCAAGCAAUCAUUUCCAAAUGCCCUAACGUCUGCUCCUUGCCGGCAGGGCUGGGAUGCUGCACUGCUCUAGUAUGCCUUAGAAUUCAAGACUUACCGAACCUCAGCUCAUUGCCCGAGGGGAGGCAAGGCCUUAAUGCACUUGAGGAAUUGACUAUUACCGACUGCCCUAAGCUGAUCUCAUUGCCAAACAGUUUGCUACCGUGCCCUCGUAACCUUAAGUGCCUGUGGGUUAAGAAUUGUCCAGAAUUGGAGACACAAUGCAUGAGGGGAGGAGAGUAUUGGGGCUUUGUUUCAGAUAUCCCAGUCAGAUCAAUGAUGGCAGCGGUGGAGCAUGACAACAGGAGCAGCAGCAGAGGUCAGCGAUCACGAUUAUCGAUGAUUGGGCUGCAGUGCUGCUUUGUGGAAAGCAAAGAAGGAUCUACCAUCCGAUCUCGACUUCAACGACAUUGACAGCUUUGAGGAUACCAAUCCUGCCUAAGCACCCAUGAUAAAUUUCAGAUUCAGACACGUGAUCACACGGGACUUGGAAAGUGCGCUAGAUUCUUGAAGAUUUCUUUCAGUUAUUGGCAUUUUAGAUAGACUAGUUAGAGAAAUUGAUUUAUGUUGUCAUAUGUUAUUUUGAAACUUUGGAAGAUUGCUUUGAGUAAAUUAUUAAUAAAAAAAAUCAGAAAUUUGUCAUUGCUUUGAUAUAAUGCAGAGCCUUGCAUGCCUGUACGGUCUGUCGUGCAGGUGUGCGGCAUCUGUCGCACUCUGGGCCCAAGGCGUGACAGUUUCCAUAUGUAUGGCUUCAAUUAUUCAUCUAAGAGACCCCCCAGAUUGAUGCUGCUACUAUAAUUAUUAUGCCAUUAUACACCAUAUUCUUCUCACCUCAGAUAAUUUCCUUAAGCUAUUUCUAGGAUUUUGAAAUUGUUAUUUCUCUACUUUUGGAUUGGAUGUUAUAUCUCUUUUCCAUUGCAUUAUAAAAUUCUUAUUUUUGUUCUCCA